UUAUUUUUUUCAGGUUAUGGUAAUAUAUAUCCCAGCACCAACGCAGGCAGGGCUGCAACUAUAGUCUACGCUUUCAUUGGGAUUCCAUUGAUGCUGAUGGUUCUAGCGGACUUUGGCAGACUCUUUACCAGGACCAUUAAAGUUGUCUAUUGCUUCGUCGAGCAGUUUUACCGCACAGGAAAAUGUCGGAGGGUACGGAGGCGACCCCGCAAAGAAAAAGACCGUCCAGUUCAGUACAUGACAUUUACUUUCAAUUCCGGCAACGAACCAAUCCCUGGAAGUCCCAUUGUAGAGUCUGUAAAGGGUUCUCCCAUAUUCACCAGGUCAAUUGAUAACAGGAAACUGGAGUCUGGAAAAAGUUCUCCAACAUUCACCAGGUCAAUUGAUAACAGGAAGCUGGAGUCUGGCCAAAGUUCUCCAAGCCUCACUACGUCAGCGAAUGGUAAAAAAGAUGGCGAUAGCGCUGGGAGUCCAGGAAAAGAUGAAGCGUUUGAGAUUGAUGAUGAAUUUAAAUUGCCUAUCUCAUUGGGAUUAAUUCUUUUAGUUAUUUACAUCAUGAUCGGAGCUUGCAUAUUCACGCUGUGGGAGGACUGGAGCUUUUUUGAAGCUUUCUACUUUGUCUUCAUAUCCAUGAGUACUAUCGGUUUCGGCGACUUCGUUCCCGAACAUCCCAUCUAUAUGAUGGCUACUUUCAUCUAUCUGGUGUUUGGCCUGUCCCUUACUUCAAUGUGCAUUACCGUAGUCCAAGAGAAAUUAUCAGUUACUUUUGAGAAGGCCAAGGUUAGAAUAGGAACAACUAUGGGCAUCGAUAUGCAAACUCUUCUGCAGGACAGCCUGGCACCAGAAGUAGCGAAGACAGAAAUAGCAGAAGUACAUGGUAGACGUGCUUCGAAAGAUAACAUGUUGGAUGACAAAGAUCCAGAGUUAGGUAAAAAAGAUAAAAACUUUAAAGAGAAGACAGAUUCUAGCGCUAUAGAGACUAAAUCAUGAUUCGAACGAAACAGUUGAACUUACAUUAAAGGUAGAGGCUUUAUAUACAUUCGAUAGGAUGAGAACAUUAAUAUACAAAGAAUAAUAAUAAUAAUUAAAAACAUAAUUUU